AACAUCACUUGCAACCAACUCGCCAAGCUGUCAGACCGACUCCAACUCUUCCCUUGAAGUAGCGAAAAACUACAAGAUUCUGCUCAAUUUUCAAAGUUCCACGUUUCAAAUUCAUAAUUCAUAUUUCAGUGUGUAGAGAUGGUGUUCGUUCCACUGAAGAACUGCCCCUGCGCCUUGUGCAGUAAGAACAUCCCAACUGUUCGUCCAGCGGAGAACUUUGAUGCUGAAGCUGACGCGAAGGCCCUUCGGGAAGCAAUGCGGGGGUUUGGAUGCAACAAUGAGGAAAUCACUGCAAUUCUACCCCACCGAAGUGCUAACCAACGUGUAAAUAUUGAACAAGUCUACAAGACCUUGUAUGGUCGAGACUUGAUGGAUGAUUUAAAAAGUGAAUUGGGCGGAAACUUUGAGCGGGUAGUUAUUGCAAUGAUGUUUCCCUUCCCAUCAUUCGCAGCGAGGGCUAUCAAGAAGGCCUGCAAAGGUGUUGGAACAAACGAGCAAACUCUUAUCGACAUCUUGUGCACUGCCAACAACUGCGAAAUUCGGAUGAUUACUGAUGCCUACAAGCAGAUGUAUGGUGACACGAUGGAAGAACUGUUGGAGAAAGAACUUAGUGGCGACUUCCAAAAUCUGAUGGUCGCUGUGAUCCAAGCUGCCCGUCAUGAGGACGACCCUGUCGACUUGGUCAAAGCGAAGGAAGAUGCACAAGCGAUUCAAGAAGCGGGCGAGCUAAAGUACGGGACGGACGAGUCAACUUUCACCCGGGUGUUGGUGCGUAACUCGUACCAACAACUGUACGCAGUGAGCCAAGCAUACUUUGAGCUGGCAGGAAAGACGUUGGAGGAAGUUUGUGCGGCCGAGUUGGGAGGCGACUUGCUCAAAGCGGCGGAGACAAUUCUUGGCGUUGCGAAAAACAAGGACGAAUUUUGGGCACAACGGCUUCAUCGAUGCAUGGCAGGGAUGGGGACUGAUGACAAGGCACUCAUCAACAUUCUUAUUGCUCGAUCUGAAAUUGACUUGGGAAACAUUAAGCUUGAAUUUGUCAAAAAUUACGAGAAAACUUUGGACCAAUGGAUUGAAGAUGAAUGUUCCGGUGAUUACAAAAAGAUGGUACUGGCUCUCAUUGCUGAUUCAUAAUUCCAACCCUCUACUGAUUUUGAGAGUUACAUAACUUUACAAUAUUUAUGAGUUUCGACUUUUGUUGUAGCAGAGGGAAACUAAAAUUAGACUCGGUCCAAUAUAUUUUGUAUUAGAAAAUAUUUUUCAUUAUGAAGGAAACAUUAUUACAAAUCUUCCAUCCUGAAAUUCAAAUUACCAAAUCAUUGCGUAAUAAAAGCAAGAAUCUAAAAAAAUUGA